AUGGAAGAACUUACGGCGUUCGUCUCCAAGUCCUUCGACCAGAAAGUGAAGGAGAAGAAGGAGGCGAUCACGUACCGGGAGGUGCUGGAGAGCGGCCCGCUGCGCGGGGCCAAGGAGCCGCCCGGGGGCGCCGAGCCCGGCCGCGACGAGCGCAGCAGCCCGGCAGUCCGGGCGGCCGGCGGAGGCGGCGGCGCGGGAGGCGGAGGCGGCGGCGCGGGAGGCGGAGGCGCAGGAGGAGGAGCAGCGGGCGCGGGCGCUGGAGGAGGGCGCUCGCCCGCCCGCGAGCUGGACAUGGGCGCCGCGGAGAGGAGCCGGGAGCCGGGCAGCCCGCGGCUCAGCGAGGUGUCCCCGGAGCUGAAGGAGCGAAAAGAGGAUGUGAAAGGGAUGGAGGACGAAGGCCAGACCAAAAUCAAGCAGAGGCGAAGUCGGACUAAUUUCACCUUGGAACAACUCAAUGAGCUGGAGAGGCUUUUCGAUGAGACACACUACCCGGACGCCUUCAUGCGGGAGGAGCUGAGCCAAAGGCUGGGGCUCUCGGAGGCCCGAGUGCAGGUUUGGUUUCAAAACCGAAGAGCUAAAUGCAGAAAACAAGAAAAUCAACUCCAUAAAGGUGUCCUCAUAGGGGCUGCCAGCCAGUUUGAAGCUUGUAGAGUUGCACCCUAUGUCAACGUAGGUGCUUUAAGGAUGCCUUUUCAGCAGGAUAGUCAUUGCAACGUGACGCCCUUGUCCUUUCAGGUUCAGGCGCAGCUGCAGCUGGACAGCGCCGUGGCGCACGCGCACCACCACCUGCACCCGCACCUGGCCGCGCACGCGCCCUACAUGAUGUUCCCUGCGCCGCCCUUCGGACUGCCGCUAGCCACGCUGGCAGCGGACUCGGCCUCCGCUGCCUCCGUCGUGGCGGCUGCUGCCGCCGCCAAGACCACCAGCAAGAACUCCAGCAUCGCGGAUCUCAGACUGAAAGCCAAAAAGCACGCGGCUGCCCUGGGCCUGUGACGCGAUGCGUGCA